AUGUUUACUAAAGAUAAUAUUAUAAAAAGUAGUAAUUUUGAAAAUAAUCCAUUAGUAAAAGAUCAGAAGAAACCACUAUUAGUGUUUAUUCUAAAUAAAUAUGCUUUAAAUAUGACUUUUAACUUUCUGUGUAAUACAAAAUUUAUAGAAAAUGUUCAUAAACAAAUUUUAAUAAUUGCAUUGGAUAUGGAAACCAAAGAUGAAUUAUUAAAAAUUUAUCCUGAUAUACAUGUUUUACUUUUAAAUAUAUCAUGUCUUCAUCAUUCAUUUAAUUAUGGUGAUGGAUAUUAUCAAUCAUUAUAUGUAUUACGAGCAAAAUUAUCAUUAGAAUUAUUAAAUCAUGGGUAUAGUUUUUUUAUGGCACAACAAGAUACAUUUUGGAGAGAUUCAUUAUUAAAUAUAAAUAUUUCAUUGAAUGAUGAUAUAAUUUUUGAUAGUGCAUCAUCAAAAUUUAAUCUAAUAGCAGGUGGGCAUUAUUAUACCCAUCCAACAGAAAGAUCAAAAAAAUUUUUUUCUAUUCUUGCAAAUGAUUUAUCAAAAUUUUAUGCUCCCGAUAAUGCAUAUAUGACAUUAUUAUGUUAUCGAAAUAUUGCAAAAUGUGGUUUUAUAAAAUUUAAUCUUAUUACAAACUGGAUAUGGCUUUUUGAUGAAAAGUUAAGGGAAAACUUCAAAAAACCAAUGCUAAUUCAAUUUGAUGGUCAUACAGAAUUAGGAGGGAAAUUAAAUUUUAUGAAAAAAUUAGGUUUUUAUUUUAUAAAAAUAGAAAAUAUGACUUGUGAUAAAGAUAAAGUUGAUAAAAAAAUUGAAAAUCUUUUAGAAUUUAAUGAUAAUAAUGAUUUAUUUAAUUUAAUAUCUUUUAAACAAUUCUCAUUUUAUCAAACAAUGAUAGAAAUUUUUUAUUCAAACAAAAUUACAGAAUUUAUUAUGAAUGAAAUAUUUUUUCCUUACUCAUUGUAUCUUAUGAUUACUUUAUAA